UACAUUUGUCAACACCAAAUAGUUUUUCCACCUCCCAACCGAAUUCGAUAUGAUGUACAGCUUUCAUACCGCAUGAAGCCGACCCCCCUGGGUGUCGAUGCCACACAUGUACACGCACUCACCACCACACCGGCUGUCCUAAAAGUCUUGGAGCAACAUUGUUGUAUUGGGAACCAAAACAAUUCAGGCUAUCAACUGGGGAGAGGCAGGGUUAAAAAAACAACCCUGGCUCAAAGAAGUUUGACGUUGGGCAGUUGUGGGUCAAGAUUUGCCGUCGUACAUUCUGGUGUUGGUCAUUCCUCGCCACUACACAGCACACGCAAUGACUAG